ACAGAAUGGCGCGAAAUGUUCCCGCCAAAAUCGAAGUGCCCUAAAUGCAGUUGAGCGUUCCUUCUCCGGCACAAGGCGCUCUCUCUCUCUCUCUCUCUCUCUUCAUCACACAAACCACAACACAGUCCUCGAGAUCAAGGAUUCCGUGAGUGACAAUGGCGAGGGACGACGACGAUUCAUCCAGGGGCGACGGUGAUGGCGUAAAUCCGAACCCUCCGUCCACUCCAGAUUCUCCCACGUCGGUAGGUUUCAACACCGACCAGCUUCCGCUGAACACCAGCCAGAAUUACACCGAUGACGAAGAUGAAGCCUCUGUAGAUCCUGAAAUUAUAAGAGACGAUAAUAUUGAAGAUGAAGAAGAAGAAGACGGAGAGGACCUCUUCAACGACAAUUUCAUGGAUGAUUAUCGGAGGAUGGGUGAGCAGGACCAGUACGAAAGAGUAGGGCUUGACGAUUCCGCAGAGGAUGAAAGAGAUUUGGAUCAGAUAAUGGCCGACCGCCGAGCCGCCGAGGUUGAACUUGAUGCCCGAGAAGGCCGCGUUUCUCAGCGCAAGCUUCCCCAACUUCUUCAUGACCAAGACACUGAUGACGAUAACUACAGACCGUCGAAAGAACGAGAGCUGACUUUAGACCACCAAACACUCCAAGAAGUACAGAUGAUACAGACGGAAUUCCGAGUUCGCCAGGUAGAUCACAACGCGGGAACUCUAGAUGAUGUGCCCAUGACUGAUCAAACAGAUGACGACCCUUACGAUGAUGAUGAGAACGAUGAAGGUGAGUUUGAGAUGUACAGGGUUCAAGGUACCCUAAGAGAGUGGGUUACUAGAGAUGAAGUUAGGCGUUUCAUUGGCAAGAAAUUCAAGGACUUCUUGCUCACGUAUGUGAAUCCGAAGAGUGAGAAUGGAGACUUCGAGUAUUUAAGGCAGAUCAGUGAAAUGGUUUCAGUCAACAAGUGUAGCCUUGAGAUUGAUUACAAACAGUUCAUCUAUAUCCAUCCCAACAUUGCAAUCUGGCUUGCAGAUGCUCCUCAGUCAGUCCUUGAGGUUAUGGAAGAUGUCGCUAAUAAGAUUGUUUUCCAGUUGCAUCCGAAUUACAAUAAAAUCAGUCAAAAAAUAUAUGUGCGCAUCACCAACCUCCCAGUGUAUGAUCAGAUACGCAACAUAAGGCAGAUACAUUUGAACACUAUGAUUCGCAUUGGUGGAGUUGUGACUCGUCGUUCUGGAGUUUUUCCCCAGUUGCAGCAAGUUAAAUAUGACUGUAACAAAUGUGGGGCAAUUUUAGGGCCAUUUUUCCAAAAUUCAUAUUCAGAGGUGAAGGUUGGUUCUUGUCCAGAGUGUCAAUCAAAAGGACCGUUUACUGUUAACGUUGAACAGACUGUGUAUAGGAAUUACCAAAAAUUAACUCUCCAAGAAAGCCCUGGAAUUGUUCCGGCUGGUCGACUUCCAAGAUACAAGGAAGUGAUACUGUUGAAUGAUCUCAUCGAUUGUGCCCGACCUGGAGAAGAGAUUGAGGUGACUGGCAUAUAUACCAACAAUUUCGACUUGUCGUUGAAUACAAAGAAUGGAUUUCCAGUAUUCGCGACUGUGAUUGAAGCGAAUUACGUUACUAAGAAGCAGGAUCUCUUUUCAGCCUACAAGCUUACGCAAGAGGACAAGGAAGAAAUUGAGAAAUUGGCUAAAGACCCAAGAAUUGGAGAACGAAUUGUCAAGUCAAUAGCCCCAUCGAUCUACGGUCAUGAGGACAUAAAGACUGCAAUAGCUCUUGCUAUGUUCGGUGGCCAAGAGAAAAAUGUCGAAGGGAAGCAUCGUUUACGAGGGGAUAUAAAUGUACUCCUGCUCGGUGAUCCUGGAACUGCCAAGUCCCAGUUCCUCAAGUACGUGGAAAAGACUGGACAAAGGGCUGUUUACACUACGGGAAAAGGAGCUUCUGCUGUAGGACUGACAGCAGCGGUUCACAAAGAUCCAGUCACAAGGGAGUGGACUUUAGAAGGAGGGGCUCUUGUUUUAGCCGAUAGAGGCAUAUGUCUUAUUGACGAGUUCGAUAAAAUGAAUGAUCAGGACAGGGUAAGCAUUCACGAAGCAAUGGAGCAGCAGAGUAUUAGCAUAUCUAAAGCUGGCAUAGUCACAUCUCUCCAGGCUCGGUGUUCUGUUAUUGCUGCAGCAAAUCCUAUUGGGGGAAGAUAUGAUUCCUCAAAGACAUUCUUGCAAAACGUGGAAUUGACUGAUCCAAUUAUUUCCCGUUUUGAUAUUCUCUGUGUUGUCAAGGAUGUGGUUGACCCAGUAAUUGAUGAGAUGCUUGCACAAUUCGUAGUUGAUAGUCACUCCAAGUCACAGGCGAAAGGUGGCAAUUUUGAUGAUCGGAAUUUGAACAACUCACAGGAUGAUGGACAAGCUUCAGCUAGACAAACAGAUUCAGAGAUAAUUCCCCAACAGCUGCUAAAGAAAUACCUAACCUUUGCAAAGCUUAACGUAUUCCCAAGGUUGCAUGAUGCAGAUUUAGACAAGCUUACGCUAGUCUAUGCUGAAUUACGCAAAGAAUCAUCACAUGGACAAGGAAUUCCUAUUGCAGUGAGACACAUAGAAUCAAUGAUACGAAUGUCCGAAGCCCAUGCAAGAAUGCACCUUAGGCAACAUGUUACUCAAGAGGACGUAGACAUGGCUAUUCGGGUUCUGCUCGAUUCAUUCAUCUCAACUCAGAAAUUUGGUGUUCAGAAAGCUUUGCACAAGAGCUUCAAAAGAUAUAUGAUAUUCAAAAAGGACUUCAACGCGAUUGUUCUGCACUUACUGCGCGGCCUUGUGAAGGAUUCUAUGCACUUUGAAGAUAUUGUGUCUGGUUCUACUGCAAAUCUUUCUUAUGUUGAUGUAAAAGUGGAAGAACUGCAAAGCAAGGCACUUGAUUACGGAAUUAGUGAUCUCAAAGCUUUCUUCAAUAGCUCAGAGUUUUCUAGUGCCCACUUUGAGCUGGACGAGGCAAGAGGUAUAAUAAGGCAUCGUCUUGCCCACUGAUAUGCAUUUUAAGGACUCUGUUACUAUGCGGGGAUUGUUUGUACGGUAUUAUUUGUAACGAAGGUCUUGUCUAAGUCUAAAUCUAAAUUUAGUGAUGCUUCAUCUUAAAUCUUGUUAUCUUUCACGUAUAUUUAUUACGCGAGGAUUGUUUAGUACGAAAUUAUUUACAAGGAAGAUGUCUACGAAAUUUAAUUAAUGUUCAUCUUAUGUUUGAUGAUGUUA